AUGGCAAGACUGUAUAGUGAGAUCCAGAUCCUACUAAAUAAUUUCACUGCUAAUGAUAAUAAUUGGCAAGGAGAUGGGGAACUACGAAGAACACUUAAACAAAAAGCAGCAGGUGUGAUCGAGCUUGAUGAUUUCUCAGCAAUGAGGGCAGAUAUAGCGAGAUUAGCGAAUCAGAUGAAUAAAAUGACAAUGCACCAUGCACAACAGAUGCAACAUAUGCAACAGAUGUCUACUUGCUGCGAGUUAUGUGGUGAAGGUCACACAAGUGGCAUAUGCCCCGUGAAUCCUGAAUCCAUCUACUACAUGGGGCAACAAGCUAGAGGGCCGAUGAAUCAAAAUGCUCAAUAUGCUAACACAUACAAUCCGAACUGGAGGAAUCAUCCUAACUUCUCUUGGGGUGGAAAUCAGAAUAUCAGGCCUCAAGCGAAUUACAAUCAUCCACCUCAACCUCCACAGCAAGCAGAGGAGAGUCUGACUGACAUGAUGAAAAAGCUCUUGAUAGAAAAUCAGAAAGUUAUGGCUGAGAAUCAACAAGUCAGGGCAGAGAGUCAACAAGUCAGGGCAGAGAGUCAACAAUUGCGCACAGAGUUCAGAAAUCUAGAGAGGGAGUUUGGGCAGAUGGUUAAUAAUCAGAAUACUAGACCUGCUGAAGCACUUCCAAGUGAUACAGAGAAAAAUCCUCAAGCCAAUGCAGUGACGUUGAGAAAUGGGAGAGAGUUGGUAGAAGUGCCUAAAAAGAAAAAGGAGCAAUCUAGUCUCGAAGAAGAAAGUGUGCCAAAACCUGUAGAGGUAGAUGAGAGAAACAAAACAGUGCCUGAGCAAAAAUCAGAGAGGGUGCCACCCUCUUUUCCUCAAAGAUUGAGAAAGAAGAAUGAUGACCACAUGUUUCACAAAUUCCUAGAUAUGCUGAAGCAGAUACAUUUGAACAUCCUUUUGGUGGACAUGCUCCGUGAGGUCCCAAAAUAUGCAAAAUAUAUUAAGGACAAAAUGGCCAAUAAAAGGAGGUUAAAUGAGUUUAAGACCGUAGCACUUACUGAGGAGUGCACUUCCAGGAUUCAACAUAAGCUUCCACAAAAGCUUGAGGAUCCGGGUAAUUUUACCAUCCCCAUGAGGAUUGGUGAAUUUGAUGUGGGUAGAGCCUUGUGUGAUUUGGGUGCAAGUAUCAAUCUGAUGUCGUUGUCAGUGUUCAAACAAUUGGGCUUAGGAGCUCCGAGACCCACUACGGUGAUGCUACAAUUAGCUGAUAGAUCUUAUAUUUAUCCUGAGGGGGUAAUUGAGGACGUCCUGCUGUAG